AUGGUGCCGUGGCCGGUGGCCUGCAGCCCCCUCAGCCGCCGGAACCCGGGGCCUGCCCUGCUCGUGGCCUUGUCUGAGCCCCCAAGUGUGGCCCCAGGUAUAAAGGGCACCUCCCUCCCGGGCCAGCAGGUGCACCCGGACUCCUGCGGCCAUCCGAGCUCGUGCGCGGCUUCCCCCACAAUGCUCCUCACUUGCCUCUGGCUUCUGCCCUGGCUGCCCAUCUGUCUGGCCCGGCCCGGCAGCCCCCAGCUUCGGGGGACCCCACGCUGCUACACGGCUGAGGAGCUGCCGCUCGGCCACGUGCCCCCACACCUGCUGGCUCGAGCAGCCAGGUGGGAGCAGGCCCUGCCGGUGGCCCUGGUGACCAGUCUGGAGGAGGUGGCCCGCAACAGGCGGCACGAGACGGCGGCCAGCCCCCAGUGCCCUGUGCUGCGUACAGAGGCCACCCUGGAGGACGGCGUCCACCAGCGCUCCAUCUCACCCUGGAGAUACCGCGUGGACUCGGACGAGAGCCGACACCCACAGAAGCUGGCCUGGGCCGAGUGUUUGUGCCGGGGCUGCCUGAGCACGCGGUCGGGCCGCGAGACGCCGGCCCUGAACUCAGUCCCGCUGCUGCAGACCCUGCCCGUGCUGCGCCGCCGGCCCUGCGCCCCGCACCCCGCGGCCGCGCCCCUGCCCGGAGCCGUGGCCUUCCACACGGAGUUCAUCCAGGUGCCGGUGGGCUGCACCUGCGUCGUGCCCCGCUCGGCACCGUGA